AUGGCGCCAUCCCUUCCCGGACACGAGCUCGCACAGAGGCCGACCACGAGGGAGGAUUGGACCCGCUCUGACUUGUAUCAUAAUUCUUUCUUGAUCUCCUGGGACGAGGCCUUGGAAUUUGCUCUAAAGAACAGUGACGAGAAGGGCUUGCCGCAGAUCGCCGUCAGUGCUGCACAAGGGAAGUUUCUCUAUCUGCUCGCCAAAUCUCUCGGGGCCAAUCGCAUCCUGGAAGUCGGAACUCUCGGGGGGUACUCGACAAUAUGGCUUGCUCGGGCACUUCCUGCCGAUGGCAACAUCAUCACCUGCGAGUUAGACAAGAAACAUGCAGACACCGCACAGGAAAACCUCACCCACGCGGGGCUAGAAUCAAAAGUUAAUGUACUCGUAGGCCCUGCAGCAGAGUCACUCCGGAAUCUCCAUCCGGACCAGCCUUUCGACUGUGUGUUCAUCGAUGCAGACAAGCCGGGAAACAAGACCUAUUAUAUCGAGGCCAAGCGGUUGGUCAGGAAGGGAGGCGUCAUCAUUGUGGACAAUGUCGUUCGCAAUGGGCUUGUAAGCGAUCCGUCGCAUACAGACGCUUCCUGCGAGGGAGUUAGAGAACUUCUCACGUACAUGAAGGAUGACAAGGAGGUAGAAGCAACAACUAUGGCUACGGUGGGUGAGAAAGGCUAUGAUGGCUUCUUAUACGCUAUCAAAUUGUAG